GGGCCGGCGCGGGGGUGGGCGGCGCGGGGGCGGUAUGAGGGCCAGCGGCCCGGGGGGCUGAGGCGCCCGUCGCCUGCCGCGCGAACAGCGCGCGUCCUCCAUGGAGGCCGGAGAGGAACCGCUGCUGCUGGCAGAACUCAAGCCCGGGCGCCCCCACCAAUUUGAUUGGAAGUCGAGCUGUGAAACCUGGAGUGUCGCUUUCUCCCCAGAUGGCUCCUGGUUUGCCUGGUCUCAAGGACAUUGCAUCGUCAAGCUGAUCCCUUGGCCACUGGAGGAGCAGUUCAUCCCUAAAGGGUUCGAAGCCAAAAGCCGAAGCAGCAAAAAUGAUACAAAAGGACGAGGGAGCCCAAAAGAGAAGACACUGGACUGUGGUCAGAUUGUUUGGGGUUUGGCCUUCAGCCCGUGGCCUUCUCCACCCAGCAGGAAGCUCUGGGCACGCCACCACCCCCAAGUGCCAGACAUCUCUUGCCUGAUCCUUGCCACGGGGCUUAAUGAUGGACAGAUCAAGAUUUGGGAGGUGCAGACAGGGCUUCUGCUUUUGAAUCUUUCUGGCCACCAAGACGUUGUGAGAGAUCUGAGCUUCACACCCAGUGGCAGUUUGAUUUUGGUCUCUGCAUCACGGGACAAGACUCUUCGCAUCUGGGACCUGAAUAAACAUGGUAAACAGAUUCAGGUGUUAUCAGGUCACCUCCAGUGGGUUUACUGCUGCUCCAUCUCCCCUGACUGCAGUAUGCUGUGCUCUGCAGCUGGAGAGAAGUCGGUCUUCCUCUGGAGCAUGCGGUCCUACACACUAAUCCGGAAGCUAGAAGGCCACCAAAGCAGUGUUGUCUCCUGUGACUUCUCCCCAGACUCUGCCUUGCUUGUCACAGCUUCUUAUGAUACCAACGUGAUUAUGUGGGACCCCUACACUGGCGAGAGGCUGAGGUCACUCCACCACACCCAGCUUGAGCCUGCCAUGGAUGACAGCGAUGUCCACAUGAGCUCCUUGAGAUCUGUGUGCUUCUCUCCGGAAGGCCUGUACCUUGCGACAGUGGCAGACGACAGGCUCCUCAGGAUCUGGGCCCUGGAGCUGAAGGCUCCCGUGGCAUUUGCUCCCAUGACCAAUGGACUUUGCUGCACGUUUUUUCCACAUGGUGGAGUUAUUGCCACAGGGACAAGAGAUGGCCAUGUCCAGUUCUGGACUGCUCCUAGAGUCCUGUCCUCACUGAAGCACUUAUGCCGGAAAGCCCUUCGAAGUUUCCUAACAACCUACCAAGUCCUAGCACUGCCAAUCCCCAAGAAAAUGAAAGAAUUCCUCACGUACAGGACUUUUUAAGCAAUGCUGCACAUCUUGUUUUCUUGUAGCAGAAUAAAUCUUCCCGGCAAAGGAAUAGCUGGAAUAACAGGCCAAACAUCUGGUCUUGGGUUGAAAUAGAAAUUCUUUGGGAUUGUGAAGAGAAUGUAGCAGACUAGAUUCCAAUGGACUGGUCAUGGGUCAUCUUCUCCAUGGCGUCUGCGAGCCAAUCUUAGAGGAGGAAAUCCCACUUCUGCAGUGACAGAGCCUUACUUUAAGUCUUGAGUCCACUUGUGAAAAGCAAAUAUUGAGCUCCUUAUAGUCAUUUUGAUUCAAAGUGCAGUUAUUGAUGUUUUGAUGAUUCAAGUAGGCCGCUAGAGCCUGUCCUUAGUGGCGGCAAGGUUUACAUGCCCUCAGCUGGGAUGUGAGCUGUGUAGCAUACUCAUCCUUGUUCCCAGUACAGUGGUGGCAUGGUUUAACGUCCCCUCCUGCUGUGCUCAGAGCUGCUUUGACAUUGGCAAGUUACCUCCCUCAGGCUCCCUCUGAUCAGCAGGACCAAGUUUCCAUGGAGCACUUGGUAUAAGGUGUUACCUGAGUAACAGGCGAAAUCAGAGGCUGUGCUCCUGACUGAUAACAAACACUAUUAUUGGCUGUUUCUUUUAUUAUUAUUUUUUUAAACAAUGGUGUGCAUGUGCAGGAGAUGAUAAAUUUGUAUGUCAGAUUAUAUGAGGAUGUGUUCCUAAAUGCAUGACUGUUAAAUGGCUACUGAGCUAUCAGUUGUUGGCCAUUUAUUAGCAUCAUAUUUAUUUGUAUUUUCUAAACAGAUGUUAAGGUACAACUGUGUUUUUCUCAAUCGUAUCUAAAAACCAGAGUACUGAAAUGGAA